AUGCAUUCAAUAUAUUUCUUACUGGCAUUCCUGGCAAGCAAUUCGCUGGCUGCACCAUCACCGAUGAUCACCGAAAGCGGCAUCUACAGCUGGUCAGCGCCGCUUGCACGGUUCUACCAGGAAGUCGACAAGAGAAUACAAGAAGCGAGGAAGUCACCCGACUUCCCAAAUCCGCCAGCAUGCGAUAUGAGUAAAGCGUCGAUGCCAGUCGCACCCACUCCGCUCCCGGGUCCAGACCCCGACACAUAUUUGAGCCACGUCGCUAUUGGCCGGGGCAUACAAAACUACACCUGCGCAAACUCGUCUUCGGUACCUGCACCAAUUGGCGCCGUUGCGUCCCUUUACAAUGCCUCUUGCACCGAAAGCAACUAUCCCUCGCUCACAACCAUGAUGACCAACUUAGUUAUCAACUACCCACUGCCAUCCGACCCGACGGCAAAUUUCCAGCCCACCAAUAUCCUCUUUUCCGGCUACCACUUCUUUACCGACAACACCACACCUGUCUUCGAUCUUGAUACUGCCCCUCAAAAGCAAUACGGCUAUGCAGUCACCAAGAGAGACAGUGCGAGUCCAGCCCCCAGUGACGCACCAGAAGGUCCUAAUGGUGAGCCCGCGCUGGCUUGGUUGAAGCUGAACACGAUCGAUGGCACCAAAGGCGGGUUAAAGCACGUCUACAGAGUUAAUACUGUAGGAGGGAGUCCUCCGAAGACUUGUGAGGGGAAGAACCCAGGCGUUUUCACGGUGGAGUAUUCGGCACAAUACUGGAUUUAUGCUGCAGAUGAGUCGUGA